AUGGCCACCAACAAGGGAGUUACCCAGAAGUUGGUAGACGACCACAACGGGCGCUACUACACCGAACCAGCGACAGAUCCUAAGGGCACCUAUCAAGUGGAGACACAGCCGUAUGAGGAGUCCGUGGAUUCUCAGGCGACUAAUCCUUUUGCUGAUCCGGAGGUCGCGGAACGAUAUGCGUUAAUCUAUGAGAAGGCGCAGUAUGAAUGUCGACAUGUUUUCGAUCCGACGUUGACUUGGACUCCGGAGGAGGAGAGGGCGUUGGUGAGGAAGCUGGAUUGGCGAGUUUGUUUAUGGGCUUGUGUGAUGUUCUUUGGGUUGCAGGUCGACCGGGGGAAUUUGGUUCAGGCUGUGUCUGAUAAUUUGUUGGACGACUUGAAUCUUUCUUCGAAUGAUUAUAACACGGGAAACACUAUAUUCUAUAUUUCAUUUCUCUUAGCUGAGCUGCCCUCUCAGUUGGUAUCCAAGAAGAUUGGCCCCGAUCGAUGGAUUCCUAUGCAGAUUUCCCUGUGGUCUAUAGUAGCCACCUGCCAAGCUGGCCUGAUGGGGAGGUCUUCAUUCUAUGCGACACGGGCACUGCUAGGGAUACUAGAGGGUGGAUUCAUUCCGGACAUCGUCCUCUGGUUAUCUUAUUUCUAUACUAGCAAAGAACUCCCGACUCGACUGAGUAUCUUCUGGACCGCUCUGUCGGUGACAACGAUCGUCACAUCAUUCAUGGCAUUCGGCAUCCUCCACAUGCGGGGAGUACUCGGGUGGGCUGGAUGGAGAUGGCUCUUCCUCAUCGAAGGCUUGAUAACCCUCCUAAUCGGACUGGCCUCAUUCUUCCGAAUGCCCGCCUCAGCAGUCGAGACAAAGAAAUGGUUCCGUCCAAAGGGCUGGUUCACCGACCGUGAAGUCCGCAUUGUCGUCAACCGCGUCCUCCGAGAUGAUCCCUCAAAAGGAGACAUGCAUAACCGCCAGGCAAUCACCCCAAGGCGUCUCUGGAACGCCCUUUGCGACUACGAUCUCUGGCCCAUCUACCUCAUCGGUCUUAUCGCCUAUACUCCUAUGGUACCCGUGAAAUCCUACAUCACUCUGACCCUGAAGGAUCUCGGGUUUAACACGUUUGUGACAAACCUCCUCACAAUCCCCAACAGCGUAGGCCACAUCAUCCUCCUGCUCGCCUUAACCCGACUCAGCGGCUAUCUCAACGAGCGCGCCCUAACCUCCAUGCUCCAAUGUGUCUGGACCCUGCCCUGCGUCAUAGCUUUGCGUUUCUGGCCAGGGACCAUGGAGAACGCAUGGGGGACUUACGCAGUUGUCACGGUGUUGCUUUCCUAUCCGUAUUGCCAUGCGAUAGUAGUGGGUUGGGCAUCGAAGAAUUCAAACAACGUAGGCACCAGGACUGUUUCAGCGGCGCUAUACAAUAUGUGCGUCCAACUAGGCAACAUCAUCGGCAACAAUGUCUACCGAGCAGACGACAAGCCGAAAUACCGACGGGGUAACGCCGUCCUCUUCGCCCUGAAUAUUCUAGGCAUUCUGCUCUUCAUCGGGACGAAAGUGUACUAUGUGUUGAGGAAUCGGCAUCGGGAGAGGGUGUGGAGUAGCAUGACUGAGGAGCAACGACAGGAUUAUUUGAAUAAUACGACUGAUACGGGGAGUAAGAGGUUGGAUUUUCGGUUUGCGCAUUGA